AUGAAGAGUCGACGAAUUAAACAUUCGAACUUCUUUCUAUAUCAGAAAUACAUAUGUUUGAUUUUAGGUGAUGAUAAAAUUGGUCGAAGUCGUUUAUUACAAUUUAUUGCUGAUUCAUUGGAAAAUUCAAAUAAUGAAAAUCAUAAUACAACUAUUUCUUGUCAUGAUAAUACUUAUACUUCUCAUGAUUCAACAAUACCGAUAACAACAAAUGAUAAUAAAACACAUCGUUCAUCAUCAUUAAAUAUUUAUAGUUGUGAAUAUUCACCAACAAAAAAAUCGAUAAUACGUGUUAUUAAAUAUUGUUGUCAAUUGGAACAACGUUUUAAUGAAUUUAGUUUACUUCGUUCAUUACUUCGACAAUUAUUACAAUUUCAUAAUAAUGAUAAAACACAAUAUGAACGUGAACAAUAUCUAUUAAAAUUUUUUGAUAUAAAUAAAUCAAAUGAUUUAUAUUUAAAACGAAAUUUAUUUUUAUUAAAUGAUUUACUUGAUGUAAGAUUUCGUCGAAGUCCUAUUGAAAUAGAAAAUAUAAAUGAAAAAAAUUUUGUUCAAACAUAUGAAAAAGAUAUUAAUGAAUUAUUAUUACAUAUUUUAAAUCAACUUAUUGAACCAUCAUCAGUAAAUACAAAUGUAGCAUCUGCAUUAAGGUAUACAAAAAUAUAUAUAUAUAUUACGGAUUUAUACAAUCACAAAGGCUAUUUUCGUCAAAUGAGUUAUUGUGUGCCGAUUUAAAAGAUGUUGAAAAUAAUAUUUGAUAUGAAACGUUUGUCUCUAUCGUUCAAUUAUUAAAGAAUUGACAGGACAAUGUAUUCUUGAAAAUCAUGAGAAAAGUUUGAUUGCAAAUUCAGAAGUUGUGAGAAUCAGGAUUCAAGAUAUCGAAAUUCUCUCACAAUUAACUUCCUACCUAUUCUUAAUGUACAAAAAUUUAAUUUAUGCAUAGUUCAUUGAAGUCAUAUAAUAAUUAACUAUGAAAAGAACACUCUAGGUUAGAUGAUAUGUUACCAGAAUUCUAUAAAUUAGUAUUUUCUUGUCAGAAUAGAAAAUCUUGAAUCUUCUAUUAUGUUUCAAUUAUUUUCAUAAUUUUUAAUUUAAAAAAAUUUUCAGAAAAGAUUUUUAAGAAUUUAGAAAGGCAAAAAUAAUAUUCACAACCAGUCUUUUAAGAUUGUAAGUUGAAAAUUGAGAAAUUAAUUAAUUCAAGACGAUCUUCUAUUCUACAUAUGAUUUAUAUGCACUUUAUUCAAAACGUUGUAUGACAUCUGAAGAUUUUAUUCCGUAAAAUUAUUCACAUUACACUUUAGAAUCUACUUAGGUCAUUCCAAAAGUAGUGGCGAAGAUAUAUUAAUUCCUUAUAGAAAGCUCGGCGAAAAUUUUUUUCUAUACAAUCUUCAAGAGAAAAGAAAGGUCUAUUUUUCUAUGCUAUUUGAUCAUA